AUGGUUGUGAGAGUCGCUGGAUGGAGCCGAUGGGCAGGCCAGCUCCGUACCUGCUUUUCCUACACGGACUCUCUGACUCCCGCCUCUACAGCUUGCUCCACACCUGCUUCUCCCACGCCAGCGGUUGCCCCACUGCUCACCCCACGGAUUUUAUGUCCCCGCGGUGGCGCCGCACUGCUCUCAACCAGGCACUGUCCCUUCCUCUCCCGUUUCCACCUCUCGUCACCGUUCUCCCGUCUUCCCACCAGCUCCACACCGUUCCUCCUUUGUUCCUGGCCAUCAAUUCCUGCCCCUGUUGCUCCGCACAGGCGCACUCUUUACAGGGAAGCCUUGCCAGGCUGUAACGCACCUUCCCUUCAACACCCAUUACCCUUCCCCCUCCACCCCUCCCUCCACCAGCUCCACACCUGCUUCUCCCACACCGACUUCUGGCGGACGGUUCACGCAUUCACGUGCCUACGGUGCGGACGCACUGACGUGACGGACGCGCGGGAGAGGCUGCAGGCAAAGCUGGGCCAGACUGCCGGGUUCCCCGUGGCCGUGUUCUCAGGUCACCGCGGGCCGCUCUCAGGUGACAUUCAGUCACCGUCCCUUUCCCUUCCUUUCCCCUUCUCCCCCCUCCCUCCCACAUCUGCACCACCUGCUUCUCUUACACCCACGUCUGUUCCACUGCACGGACUCGGCCCCCCACGCUCCGCACCUGCUUCUCCCACGCCAGCGGCUGCCUCACGGAUUCCUGCCCCUAUGGUCCCCGCACCGCACCUGCGUCUCCCGCACAGGUUCCUUUCCUGGCCCGAGAUUCUCGCCCCUGUUCAACCUGGCAUGCCGAGGCUGCUGACGUGGCGGAGGUUGGCGAGAGGCCUUGGCGGCGUAAACGGCGUUGGCGGCAGCAGUGGCAGGGCCGGGGAGCACGGGGAGGUGGGCGCGAAGGGGGGCGAAGGGGUGGUGAAAGGGGGCUACUGA